AUGGGGAGACAAAAAGAUAAGUUUUGGCAACAUGCUGAGCCACUUGAUAGUUCACAUUUCAAAUGCGAAUUUUGUGAAAAACAAGUUUAUGGAGGGGUCACUCGCCUCAAGUAUCAUUUAGCUAAGGUUAGUGGUCAUGAUGUUGCACCUUGUGAGAAAGUAUCUGAUGAUGUCCAAGCAGAAGCUCUUCUUGCUAUUAAUUCUGAAUCAAGUAGUAAAAAGCGUAAGAGUUGUACCAGUGGUGAGAGUAUAGUUGGUUCCUCUCCUUUGACUCCUUUAACUACAACUAGUCAAAGGCAGUCUACAAUGGAGGAAAUGAUCCCUAAGAUGGACAAACCAACUUGGGAGAAAUGUUUGCGUGACUUAUUUAUUAAAAAUAGCAUUUCUUUCAAUGUUGUUCAAUCGGAUGCUUUUAUCAAGUUUGUGAAGUGCACAACCCGUUAUGGUCCUAGUGUUCCUAUUCCAAGUUAUGGAACCCUUCGUGGAAGAAUAAUCCCUAAAGCAAGAAAGGACCUUGAAAAAAAUGCUGAAGAAGUAAAAUUUUGUUGGAAACAAACUGGUUGCACAAUUAUGUCUGAUAUAUGGACUGAUUUGAAAAAGCAGUCUUUUCUUAAUGUGAUUGCUUAUUCCCCGGGUGGUGCUCUCUUUCUGAGGUUAGAGGAGUGUUCUCAUGCUAGAUUGACUGGUCCUUAUAUAUUUGAUAUUCUUGAUAGAGAGAUUCAAAGUGUUGGCCAAAAUUUAGUGGUUCAAAUAAUUUCAGACAAUGCAUCCAAUUAUUCCAAUGCACUUGAUAUGCUUAUUGGAAAGUAUCGUUGGUUGUUUAAGACUCAAUGUGCAGCCCAUGGUAUCAAUCUAAUGUUGAAGGACAUCUAUGAAAAGUCAAUUGUUGAAGUGGAAGAGAAGCUUAGACUCCUAGUUGCAUCAGCUGAGUGGAGGAGUCUAAGAAAUUAUAGAUCUAUUAAAGUAGAUAGAGUAGUGUACACUAUUCAAAGGGAGUCGUUUUGGAAUGAUUCAAAAGAGAUUUUGAGAUUUAUGGAACCAAUCAUUCGAGUUCUUCGUUUGGUUGAUGGUGAUGGGGCUACAUCAGGAUAUUUGUAUGAAGCAAUGGAAAGAGCCAGAGAGAGCAUUGAGGGCGUUGAUAAAGAGGUAAAGAGAUUAUUGGAUGAUGUGGAUGAUAGCAUCGCUGAAGACUUGCUAUUUGGUGCAAGUGCUAGUUUUACUGAGAGCGAGACUCAACCCUCAGAUAGUAUUAUCGAAUUUAGUUAA